CGCUGUGUUGAGGCCGAAAACUCAAGACACAAGCAGGACGAUACUGGAGUUUCUCCGUGGAAGGGAUAUAGAUGUAUUUUACUAGACACCAAGAAGGAUUUUGGACUAACUGAGCUUCAGCGGAGCACCGAGUCCCCGUGUCCCUGCUGUCGAGGCUGCCGCGUUCCGUCUCUCCUCUCCCGACAGUGUGUCGCCGCCUGCCGCAGGUUCCAGUAAUCCAGACCCGCUGCUGUUAAUGGGAUUGCGAGGAGAGCGACGCUGCUGUGUGGCGAAGCAGACAGCCACAAAUCUGUCUGAGAUAUUUUGAGUCUUUAUCCAGCCGGGAGGAAAGAUAACGACUCAAGCUUGUUGCUGCCGGCGGCCGAGGCUAACGGGACCGGAUAAACAUCCCGAUAAAGCUCCUACUACAUGGGACAAGUCAUCGUACGGACUGCCGUCUCAUUUUGCGCAAGAAAAUGAUAUGACUGCCCCACAGACAGCAGUGUGUUUCUGAAGCAGCGCCGUUGGAUGAAUUACCGGGGUGAUAUCUAAUGAAGGCAUUCUAAAAGCAGCAGUUUAAAGCCUCUGCAUCAGUGCCAUGAAUCAGCCUGGACAACAGCUGCUACCUACAUAGAGGUCCCUUUACCUCUCUUCCCAUUUGCUUUGGACCAGAGGAUGCUGGGAAUGUGUCGCGGGCGCAGGAAGUUCCUGGCGGCCUCUCUCGCCCUGCUCUUCAUCCCAGCACUCACCUGGCUUUACCUGUCAGUCGGGAGCUUUCAGGUGAAGCCCCUCCCCCUGUCUCCUUUGGAAGCCCAAUCAUCAACGCCGGUGGGCGGAGCUGGUGAGCGGCAGGCCUUAGAGCUGCGGGUCCGGGCAGUGGAGGAGGAGAACCGCGCACUGCGCCGGGAGCUGAGCCGGCCACCCAGGAGCCCGUCUGUGCGCCAUCCAAACGGUGGUCGCCACGGCAACCAAAGCCGGACCCACUCAGAGGAGGGCACCGGUGACAAUGAGGGCCAGAAGGCUGCUGCUGCUGCGGUGGGAAACAGCUCAGACUGUGUCCAGCAGCCGGCGGUGGAUAAGUGUGAGACCAUCCACGUGGCCAUCGUAUGUGCAGGUUACAACGCCAGUCGAGACGUGGUGACACUGGUUAAAUCAGUCCUUUUCCACAGACGGAACCCACUACAUUUCCAUUUCAUCACUGACUCCAUUGCUCAGCAGAUCCUGUCCUCUCUGUUCCAUACCUGGAUGGUCCCUGCCGUCAAGGUUGACUUCUAUGAUGCAGAUGAGCUGAAGUCUGAGGUGUCAUGGAUCCCCAACAAACAUUACUCUGGAAUCUACGGCCUGAUGAAGUUGGUGCUAACUAAGACGCUGCCGUCCGACCUGCAGAGAGUCAUCGUCCUGGACACAGACAUCACAUUUGCCACUGACAUCGCUGAACUCUGGGCAGUCUUCCACAAGUUCAAAGGUCAGCAGGUUCUUGGUCUGGUGGAGAACCAGAGUGACUGGUACCUGGGGAACCUGUGGAAGAACCAUCGACCCUGGCCAGCUCUGGGCAGAGGCUUCAACACUGGGGUAAUUCUGCUUCUCCUGGAUCGUCUGCGGAAGCUGAGAUGGGAGCAGAUGUGGAGGCUGACUGCAGAGAGAGAACUAAUGAGCAUGCUGUCCACCUCGUUGGCAGACCAGGACAUCUUCAACGCUGUGAUCAAACAGAAUCCUUUCCUGGUUCACCAGCUGCCCUGCUUCUGGAAUGUCCAGCUGUCCGACCACACCCGCUCUGAGAAGUGCUACAAAGACGUGUCAGACCUGAAGGUGAUCCAUUGGAAUUCUCCCAAGAAGCUGCGAGUGAAGAACAAGCAUGUCGAGUUUUUUCGGAAUCUCUAUCUAACCUUUCUGGAGUAUGAUGGCAACCUGCUGCGGCGAGAGCUGUUUGGAUGUCCCAGCGAGGCUGACCACAACAGUGAAAAUCUUCAGAAGACUCUGUCAGAGCUGGACGAAGAUGAUCCUUGCUACGAGUUUCGCCGAGAACGUUUCACCGUCCACCGAACGCACCUCUACUUCCUCCACUAUGAGCAUGAACCAAGCUCUGACAACACUGACGUCACGCUAGUCGCCCAGCUCUCUAUGGACAGGCUCCAGAUGUUGGAGGCCAUUUGUAAGCACUGGGAAGGCCCAAUCAGCCUGGCCCUGUACCUGUCCGACGCCGAGGCCCAGCAGUUCCUGCGCUACGCUCAGGGUUCCGAGGUGCUGAUGAGCCGCGGGAACGUAGGUUACCACAUCGUCUACAAAGAGGGACAGUUCUACCCGGUCAAUCUGCUGCGUAAUGUGGCCAUGCGGCACGUCAACACACCCUACAUGUUCCUGUCCGACAUCGACUUCCUGCCCAUGUACGGCCUGUACGAGUACCUCAGGAAGUCAGUGGUGCAGCUGGACAUGGCCAAUGCUAAGAAAGCCCUGGUGGUUCCAGCCUUUGAGACGCUGCGAUAUCGUCUGUCUUACCCCAAGUCCAAAGCUGAGCUGCUCUCUCAGCUGGACAUGGGCACACUCUUCACCUUCAGGUACCAUGUUUGGACUAAAGGCCAUGCGCCAACUAACUUUGCCAAAUGGCGGACAGCCACCAUGCCCUACAGGGUGCAGUGGGAGGCCGACUUUGAGCCCUACGUCAUGGUGAGGAGGGACAGUCCUGAAUAUGACCGCCGCUUUGUGGGCUUCGGCUGGAACAAGGUGGCUCACAUCAUGGAGCUGGAUGCACAGGAGUAUGAGUUUGUGGUUCUGCCCAACGCCUAUAUGAUCCACAUGCCUCAUGCGCCAAGCUUUGAUAUCACAAAGUUCCGCUCCAACAAGCAGUACCGGGUCUGCCUCAAGACCCUGAAGGAGGAGUUCCAGCAGAACAUGUCGCGGCGCUAUGGCUUCGCCGCCCUUAAAUACAUGACGGCUGAGAACAACAGCUAGCCACCAUUGCAGACCCUCACUUCCCCGGCCCUGAACUACUGACACACUCCAUGGGCUCGGGAAGGGGGGGGAAACAGACAGCCCAAUGUGAGGCCAUCAGGAAACUUUGAGACUAUGUUAGAACGUUUGAGCCUGAGUGUGGGUCUUCAUGUCCAUUCUUUGUCCUCUGCUGUGGAUGUAAAGCUGUGAAAGAGGACACCCGCUAGGCCCGGCGCCGAGCUCUGGCCUCGAUAUCUGACACACAGCGGGCGAGGAGAGCAGACAUUCAAUGCCAUAUUUGUAAGGCCAGUGACAGAGCUGUUGGCAGCGAGUAACAUUACGUAUGUAUGCGUGUGAGUGUGUGUGCACGUGCAGGUAGAUGAAAAGUGUGACUGUGUGUUUGUUCCUUCAGGACAGUGCUUAAUAAAAAGCUUAAGGAGAGCAGAAGAUGUGAAGCAUUGUGGGCUAACAUUCUGUUUGCGCGCCAACAAAAAGCAGCAGUGGUCUGACUGACUGACAGCACGCCCCGACUCAAUGCAAAUCGCCAAAGGGCGGGCGAGAUAAGACAGAGCGGUAAACAUGUCCACACAGAUUUUGGAAAUCUCAUGUGACGGGUGACACACACUGAGAUACUGAGGCGAGCAGCCAGCCAGCCGACCAUCUGCUGCUGCUUAAUGUUUUUCAUAGCUGAUGCCGAUCAGAAUAAAUCCUCCUCCUCGUAUGACAAGGGAAGUGAAGUGCGGAGAUGGCUGGAGGUCAUCCAUGUGGUUAAUAUUCAGGAUAUCUCAACAUCAGCCUGAGCGUGCUGCUAGAGAGUGUUCCCAGUGUUUGUUACCACUAUGGAAUCUGACAGCAGCCGGUGCAGCGGGCUGUUUGGUGUUUUUGAAAUUAAGGCCAGUGCGGUCUGCACAAACACUCGCUGGACGUCCUGUCAGUUUGUGAAGCUGCCGCCCCACCACACUGAGCAGCACGAAGUAAAGACGCAACAAUCACUGAGCUCAGUGUCAUUUAUCAGUGUGUUUACAGCCCUGAUGGGUGGAGGGAGAAGGCGUAGAGUCUCUGAGGAGGACAGAAAGAAACUGUGUAAAAAAUCAACGACUCGUAGUGUGGAGAGCCGCUCUUUCUUCCUUUCUCUCACUAUUUCUUUCUCACCCUGGCCUCUAGUUCGAUGAUAGUAACACUGCAGCAGUGUGUGUUGCACUGCAGACACUUUCUACCCAGGUAAGACAGGAAACACACACAGUCGGUCACUAUGAUAUUAUACUCGUACUAUAUCAUCACUGUUGAGCAUGGACAUCAGGACAUCUGUUACUAUAUGAUAAGAAAAAGUAAGAUAAAGUCAUAGAUGGAUGAUAGAUAACCGUCAUAUGAUAGCAUUGUUAGAAAUAACAUUAAAGAAUGUCAAUUACAUCAAUCUCCCUGUAAUAUUUAAUAUUGCAUUCAAUAUGAUGGCUUGAAAUGAUGAAGAAAAAUCCAGAUGGGAUUGCAAUGUGUCUCAGGUGACAUUCAAGUCUGCUUCAAUCCAGAGGGUGAAGCUGAGACACCUGAAGCUGUUUGGUAACUGACAGCAGAAUAACUUUUUCAGUUACAACAGAAACUACCACCAUUAAACACAAAGUCAUUGAUGCAUUGCACAGAUGGUAUAGUGGUUAACCACUACAAGCGCUCACUCCGCCAUGAUCAUAAGUGUAGAAAUGGCUGGAGCUGCUUUCUUCCUUUUGCUUUAUUGUGCCUGAGUUUCAGUGUAGCUUUAGCUGCCAUCAUCCCAGGUGAUGGUAGAGUCCACUUCCACAGAUAACAUGACAAAGGAAGACAGGUGUACUUACACCUGUUCAAGAUCAGAUCAGUAUCAAAGUCUAACCAUUUUGUCAAUUAAAUCACAUUUAUUCUUAUUGUCAUGUUGGAUGCAUGUUGAAAUGGACCGCUUGAGAAAGAAACACACUCAUUAGAAAGUGUUUGUUCCAUUGUGGAACUAGAGGCCUCCCUCUCUCUUUCUCUCUCUCUCUCUCUCUCUCUCUCUCUCUCUCUCUCUCUCUCUCUCUCUCUCUCUCUCUCUCCCUCUCAGUCAUGACAGCAGUCUCUCACUCAGUCUCUCACUACAGGAAAGCUACAGAAGAGCUUGGUGCAGUCAUGCGUGUGUGUGGGGGGGGGUGUUUGUGUGUGUGCGAUCCUACAUGUCUGUGCAGUGUGCAGUUGUGUGCAGUUUGACUCUGAUUUGAAUGUGUAUGUGUGUGUGGCUUUGCGGGGCUGAGAGGAGCUGCAGUGUGUAAGUAGGUCAGUGCUGAUUGGUGCUGCUACCUGAAUAAAAGCAAAAAGGUCAAACACUCUGCUGUCACUUUGUUUUAUCAUUUCUGUCUUCUUGAGUAUCAAUUU